AACUCAAAGACCAACAAAUAUAAAAACGAUGUUAAAGAAUCGUUUCACGGGUCUUAUGACGCGGAAGGGCACGGCCACGGCCACGGCCACGGCCACGGCCACGGCCCAUGCGAGAAACUACAUCUUUCAGAAGAGUUUCAAUGCACGCCAAGUGCUGAUGGCCAAGGCUAAGGCGAAUGGGGCACCACAGACAGAGACCUUGGAGCACCAGACCCCGAAUCAAACGCAGCCGGAGAGUGCUUGUCCGGAAGUGAAGACAACAGGAACAACUGCUGUGCCCUUGGCCGAGAAUACACGCAAGACAGUUUCCCUCAAGACAUUUACAACCGCCCCAUCGGCCAGCUUUUCCGAUCAGCGCGAAAGGUGGAUGGCCAGGACCAAGGAGAUUCAGCGCAAGGCCAUGCUGGCAGCCAAAGAAGGUCCUACCAAGGCAGCAAGCAACAAAUGGUCGACUCCCGGGCUAUACGACUGGCAGCAGCAGCUGUCGCCGCAAAAGAAGCCAAAUGUCGAUAAUGAGAUCAUCUCCCCAGCGGAAGGCCAACGGAAGUCUUGGACGAAUCGCGUGCACGGCUCACAAAUGCAGAAGCAGAAACAGACACGGUUCCUUGAGGAACCGAGUGGCAGGCAGCACGCCAGAAGAGAUAUGGAACAGAAGGGACAUAGGAUACAGCAGAUAACCAGAAUGGAGUCCAGAGCUUCGGCAGCAGCAGCCCCUGCAGAGCUCGAGGAACCGAAGAAGAAGUCGCCCGAGCGUUUGGCUUACCUGGAGGCCAUCCAAAAGCUGAACAGUUACCACGCUUUCGACUCGGUGCCCGUGCGGAUGGGCCGGCAGGGCUCCGAUUGCCAGCCGGAUCCGAUGAUAGAACAUACCCUGGAGUGCUUGGAGAGGACGAAGCUGUCAAAAGCGCAGUUGGAAAGCAUUCCCGUCAUACAGAUAUCCGGAUCGAAGGGCAGAGGAAACCACAUGCUGGCAAAAAUGCAACCACCGCCAGCCUACGACCAACUCCUGACGGUGAUGGCCUUCCAUGCGUUCCGCCGGGCGAAUGUGGAUGUGGCCAUUGUGAAGGUGGGCAGUGGAGGCGCCAGCGAUUGCACCACGUCACCUCGCAUGCGGGAACAAUCGGCAUCAACACUCUGA